UGUGUGCAACUGGCGUUCCUAAAAGACUAUAUUAUACUGAGCAUUUGUCAUAUUUUAAUUUUAAAUACUUUUUAAAGGGUUUUUAAUUCGACGUUUGCACGAUUAAUGUUCGUAACUCCACCGAAACUGAAUUCGCGACUCGUAAGAGCGUGGUUCGGCAGUGUCAAUCCGACAGUCCGCUUAUGAACACGACUCGGGCGAGUAACGUACUUACUAUAGUGGGUACGUAACUGUGCAAUACCACAAUUCGAAAAAAGAAUUAACUUUUUCUUUUUUUUUUUGUCUACGAUUAAUUGUCAAAUCUAUGGUACAUAGUGAUGCUAAUUUAAAACUUAGUACGAGUGGCAAAAGUUAUAUAGUUUGUGAAGUUGUGUUGUGAAAUGGUUUAAAUUUUUUUUUAUCUAAAAACAUUCAUAUUUAUAAUUAAAAUAUACUCAUUAUGUUAAUUAUUUUUAAUAAUGUUAUUAUUGCAUGCUAUUUAUGCAUGAACACUGUAUAAGGUAUAUAGAUGAAACAGUGUUUGUGGACUUAUUUGAAAAUAGUAAUUAGAAGUGAACUUGAAGUUAUUUUUGUAGCUGUUUAAAAUUGAAGUACUUUAAAGCAAACAGAGAGGUGUAAUCUCAUGCUACGAUGCUGGACGAGCUCGGCCCCACUGCGGAGUCCAACAGGUCAACAGCAUACGUGAGCGACCUGCACAAUGUCUACGUCACCUUCUACGACGAAAUCAACAAAGUCUAUAUUAACGACACUCAGAAUGGUACUGAGGUCUACCAGUCAUUCAUCCUGCCAUGGUGGCGCCAGGUGCUAUGGACGGUGCUGUUCGCAGGCAUGGUGGUUGUGGCCACCGUGGGGAACCUCGUCGUUAUAUGGAUAGUGCUCGCCAACAAGAGGAUGAGAAGCGUCACCAAUUACUUCCUAGUAAACCUGUCCGUGGCAGAUGCAAUGGUGUCAACCCUGAAUGUAACCUUCAAUUUCACGUACAUGCUGUAUUCGGAUUGGCCAUUCGGACAUUUCUACUGCAAGUUUUGCCAGUUUAUAGCAGUGCUCAGCAUAUCGGCAUCGGUGUUCACCCUAAUGGCUAUAAGUAUAGAUAGGUACGUGGCCAUCAUGAGCCCACUGCGGCCGCGCCUCGGCAAGCGGGCGACGUUGGGCAUCGCCGCUGCAAUCUGGGCUGGCAGCUCAGUAAUCAGCAGCCCGAACCUUAUAUACUUCACCACAGAGACCACAAUACUGCCUGAUGGGAGCACCAGACGAGUAUGUUUCCCAGAAUGGCCAGACGGGAUAACAACUAGAUCUCAACUCGAAUACAUAUAUAACGUCGCUUUUAUGGUGUUAACAUAUUUCCUGCCAAUAGUAUCGAUGACAUUUACGUACGCAAGGGUGGGGGUCGAGCUGUGGGGGUCACAGUCUAUUGGGGAGUGCACCCAGCGCCAGUUGGACAACGUGAAAAGCAAACGAAGGGUUGUGAAGAUGAUGAUAGUUGUGGUGGUGAUAUUUGCGGUGUGCUGGCUUCCUUUCCACGUGUACUUCGUAGUGACAUCGUACUAUCCUGACGUGGUGAACUAUCCUCACAUACAAGAGAUAUACCUCGGCUUCUACUGGCUUGCAAUGAGCAACUCCAUGUACAACCCCAUCAUAUACUGCUGGAUGAACUCUAAGUUUAGACGAGGUUUUAAGCAAUUCUUCUGGUGCUGCGGCGCUUUGGGUGGAGGCGGACUCAGCAGACAUAGACCCUUCGGGACCGAUCGCCUCGACAGAUCUGUUCGAUCGCUGUCACCUAGCAGAAAAAAUGGUACCAGUAUAUUCAAGGUGACUACCAAAACAACAAAAUUCAUGAAAAAACCACCCGGAUCUCCCCAUUUGCUGCAUGCAAAUAAAAUACACAAGUAGGAGAUAUUUUGGGUGAUUUAUGAAAUGUGGCACGAUACGGAUUUCGAUGCACAGCACGUACAAUAAUACAUUGAUGGCCAGUACCUGACAGCGACGAGGCGCGUCCGCACCGCACAACGAAUGUACCGCGAAUGACGCGCAUGCCAACGUGGAACGCACGUGGAUAUGACGCGCGUCCCGCCCUCCGCGCGCCGCCCUCACCCCGCACGACCUCUAUGCUUGAGCUCAUUGGCGGAAUUGAGACCAAUCGUGUUUUUAUAAUGUGGGUAGAUAGAUACUUAAGUAAAUUUUUUCUUCAAAUUUAUUAUUUAUUUUUAAAUGUCAUUAUUUAUUAUAACUCAGAUAUCAUCAGUGUAAUAUGGCUUACAAUAAGAAAUAUAAGUAUAUAAGGCUAUUAAAAAUUAACAAGAAAAAUACGUUGAUUUUAAUGUUUUAUUUUACAAAUAUUUAGAAGAACCAAGCAGUUUCAUUUACUUUAUAGACAAGUAUCUUCUUUUACCAGAUUUAUUUCCUUUAGCCUAAUAGUGUUCUUUCGCCUAUUUGUAAUAAGCAUUUUUUAUAAGAACUAGUUUUAAAGGCCUACGAGCUUAUGCAAAUUAAUAUACUCUUAUUGUAAUAUGUACUGAAAUAGUUAUAAUGAGAAAGUACCUAGUUUUUUCAUAAAGAAGAUUUAUGUUCCAUUUUUGUUUCAUUUUACCUGAUACCGUAAAAGACUUGAUUAAAUUUAUAUAUAUUCAAACAAUAUUUAUUGUAAUAUUAUUGUUUCUAUUUAAUUCUAAUAUUGAUUUAAAGAUAUUGUAUUAAAUAUAACAUAACUAUAUUAAGUAUAUAAUGUCAUUUUAAUUUUUUUUUAUUUGUAAAAAUAAUACAUAUAAAAUGAUAUUAAAAAAGCAGUGUUUUAUACUAUUUUUAAUUGUAUUAAAAAGAAAGUUUAUUUAAAAGGGUGCUCGUAUAUAGAAGUCAGAAUAUAACAAGAUUUCGUAACUAAUACAUUUAUAUGUAAAUAUAUUUUGUAAGAAUAUUCUUGAUGUAUAACUGUGUAACUUUAAGACCAUUUAAUAUAGCGUGAAUGCCAAAUAACAACAAUAGAAAAAUGGACUUUAUGUUAUAGUAUAUAACAAUCAUUAUAUUUAAACAGAUUUUGGAAACUAAAAUUAUUAAAAUAUUUUUAUUGCAAAUUCAAUUUUUGAUUGAACGACCAAUCGCAGUUCAGAAUUAGUUACUUACGAUCUCAGGAUCGUUGCAAUCAACAGCACAAGAACCUAUAGUAAGAUCGAUGGCUAUCAUCCUUCUCAGGUGCAAUGUUGCCAAAUUUGUCAGCUUGUAAGUACAUGUGUACAAUUUGGCAACUUUAACUUUUAUAUCUGAGUAUGUAUGUGAAUUGAUGUAUUUAGCAACUUUUUUAAAUUAACUUGGCAACACUGAUAUCAACGCCGAACAAUCUCACGUGUGGCCAUCAUGCAUUGUCUCUUACCUUAAAAUUCAGCCAUAUUAUUAAAUUAAUAAUUAUGUAUUUUGUUACUAAGAUGUUACGCAUCUUGUAACAGAAUUAUUGCACUACGUACCUUCGUGGGUCUGCAAUCAAUACCCACUAAAUUUAACAUUGCUUGUUUAAUAGAAAUAAUUAGAUUAAUUACCUGUAAAUAUUAUACAAGUUAGAUUAUAAUAUUUCCUGUAUAACUGUAAGUUGCCCGUAAACGUAUCAUAAUUAAUGUAAAUAUUAAUUUGUAAAUAUAAAUUAAAUAUUUUUAAUGUUAAUCUCAGUAAGGAAAUAUGUAUGAAAAAUUAUGUGUAAUUUAAAAAUAAAGUAUU